AUGGUGUUCAGCAGAAACUUGUCUCUUCUCGUAACACUUCUAUUACUAGAGAACACAAUAUCGAUAUCAGCCACGGUUUUCACGCUCCAAAACUCCUGCAGCUACACAAUCUGGCCCGGAACCUUAUCCGGCAAUGGCGGUGCCGUACUCGGCGACGGUGGUUUUCCUUUGCCACCAGGUACAUCAGUACAGCUCAGUGCACCACCCGGUUGGUCCGGCCGAUUUUGGGCACGAACCGGAUGCAACUUCGACGGCUCGGGCAAUGGUCAUUGCACUACUGGUGACUGCGGUGGACUUAACUGUCCCGGUGGAGGCGCACCACCUGUGACCCUCGCCGAGUUCACCAUCGGCAUCAACAGCCAACAAGACUUCUACGACGUGAGUCUAGUAGACGGUUACAAUGUCGGGAUGGGAGUGAGGGCAUUCGGUGGGAGCGGCGCGUGUCAGAAUGCCGGUUGCAUUGCUGAGCUCAAUGCAAACUGUCCGGCGGAACUACAAAUGAUGGAGACAGGGACGGUGGUGGCAUGUAAGAGCGCGUGCGAAGCCUUUAACACGCCGGAGUUCUGUUGUACUGGGGAUCACUCUACUCCACAGACAUGUUCCCCAACGAGUUACUCGGAGAUGUUCAAGAGCGCGUGUCCGACGGCGUAUAGCUAUGCUUACGAUGAUGCGUCGAGUACUUGCACCUGCACUGGCUCUGAUUAUUUGAUCGCCUUCUGCCCCACCGGAUCAUCAUGAUCCUCCUCCUC